AUGGGGAAUUCAUACGCUGGGCAGCUGAAAUCGGCGCGAUUUGAGGAAGCUCUCCACAACUCCAUAGAGGCCUCGCUGAGAUGUAGUAGUGUGGUCCCACGGCCAAUUUUUUCCCAGCUGUACUUGGACCCUGACCAGCAUCCUUUCCCAUCUGCAGAUGUCAAACCUAAAGUGGAGGAUCUGGAUAAAGAUUUGGUGCACCGCUACACGCAGAAUGGAAGCCUAGAUUUUUCUAACAAUCUGACAGCUAAUGAGAUGGAAGAUGAGGAGGAGGAGGAGGAAAUGUCUGAGUCCAGUAGUCCACCCAUUCCCUACUCACAAAAACCUGCCCCAGAGGGGUCUUGCACUACAGAUGGUUUUUGUCAAGCUGGGAAGGAUUUGCGUUUAGUGUCACUGUGUAUGGAACAAAUCGACAUCCCAGCGGGAUUUCUGCUGGUGGGAGCCAAGUCGCCUAAUCUUCCUGAACACAUCCUAGUGUGUGCUGUAGACAAGCGAUUUCUGCCAGAUGAUAAUGGGAAAAAUGCACUUUUAGGGUUUUCUGGAAACUGUAUCGGCUGUGGAGAAAGAGGAUUUCGGUACUUCACGGAAUUUUCCAACCACAUUAACUUGAAGCUCACCACUCAGCCAAAGAAGCAGAAGCACUUAAAGUACUACCUAGUCAGAAGCUCCCAGGGUGUACUGUCAAAGGGACCUCUUAUCUGCUGGAAAGAAUGUAGAAGCCGACAAUCCUCUGCUCCUUGCCAUUCUCUUAAACCAAACUCUUCCAUAUCAUCGUCAGCUGUGACCCCUGAAAAUGGAACAGCUAAUGGAUACAAAUCAGGCUUCACUCAGACAGACGCUGCUAAUGGAGGGAAGAGCAGUGCACCCAGUUCCACUCCGUCCCGCUCAGUGACGUAUUCUUUAUCACCAAGGCCAAGCUAUGCAUCAGGAGACCCUGCUACCAUGUUCAUUUCGGGGCCACCAAAGAAACGACAUAGGGGCUGGUAUCCGGGAUCACCUGUCCCCCAACCUGGUUUAGUUGUACCUGUUCCUACAGUCCGACCUCUUGCAAGAACUGAGCCCCUUUUAUCUGGCCCAAGUCCACAGACCCCGUUAAGUGGAAUUUUACAACCUCGGCCUAUUCCUGCGGGGGAAACUGUAAUUGUUCCUGAAAAUCUGCUGAGUAACUCAGGAAUUAGACCAGUAAUUCUGAUAGGCUAUGGCACUUUACCCUAUUUCUAUGGAAAUGUUGGCGACAUUGUUGUGAGUCCUCUGCUGGUGAAUUGCUACAAGAUUCCACAGGAAAAUAAAGAUUUGGAACAAUUAGGGAUGACUGGCAGCCAACUCCUGAGUGUGGAAAACAUGAUUCUUCUGACCAUCCAGUAUCUCGUGAGGCUGGGUCCUGACCAGAUACCUCUCAGGGAAGAAUUUGAACAAAUUAUGCUGAAAGCUAUGCAGGAAUUUACCCUGAGGGAGCGAACCCUGCAGAUGGGCACCCAGUGUAUGCCUGUGUCCCCGGGACAGCUCCCCUGGCUGGCACGAUUAGUCGCCAGCGUGUCUCAAGACUUGGUCCAUGUGAUUGUGACCCAGAACUCCUUGGCGGAGGGCAUUUCAGAAACACUGAGGACACUCAGUGAAGCGAGACACUACCAAAGGCUGCCAGACUACGUUGUGGCAAUUUGUGCAUCAAAAAUCAGAGGGACUGAGUUCUGUGUGGUAGUAUUAGGUCAGCACCAGUCCAGAGCUCUGGCAGAGGGCAUGCUCACCACAAGUGAGUUCUUGAAGGAAAUUAGCUAUGAGCUCAUCACAGGAAAGGUCAGUUUCCUGGCAUCGCAUUUCAAAAACACGUCAUUAGGUGAUGACAUGGACAAGCUGCUAGAAAAAAUACAGCAAAGAAGGGGGGACAGCGUGGUUACUCCUUUCAAUGGAGACCUGAAUGAAUGCAUGUCCCCCCAGGAGGCUGCUGCUUUGGUUCCCACCCCAGAUCCAGAUUUUGAUAAUGAAACCUUCCAGAUUCAUCAGCCACAGCUCACAGUUGCCAGAAAACUAUUAUCACAGGUGUGUGCGAUCGCGGACAGUGGCACCCAGAGCCUGGACCUUGGCCACUUCAGCAAAGUGGACUUCCUCAUCAUUGUCCCAAAGUCAGAGGUUCUGGUCCAACAAACUCUUCAACGGAUUCGACAAUCAGGUGUCCUCGUGGACUUGGGGCUGGAGGAAAGUGUGAUGGCUCAUCAGAGAGCAGAGAAAUACAUUGUUCGUCUAGACAACGAUAUUCAAGCCAAGUUUGAUGUUUUUAUGAGAAAGGUGAAGCAGAACCCGUACACACUGUUUGUGCUCGUUCAUGACCAAGCCCAUGUGGAACUAACGAGUGUCGUUUCAGGCUCCUUGUCUCAUAGCGACACCAGUCAUGGGCUAGCCGACAGAAUCAUUAACUGCAGAGAAGUCCUGGAAGCGUUCAACCUGCUGGUGCUCCAGGUGAGCUCCUUCCCAUACACGCUGCAGUCCCAGCAGUCCCGGAUCAGCUGUAGCAACGAGGUGCACUGGGUCCACCUGGACAGCAUGGAGGACAUGGGCUCGGAGGAGAAGCUAUACUUUGGCUUGAAUGAGUACAGCAAGUCUCUCCAGUGGGGAGUUACCAGCCCACUCCUGAGAUGUGAUGAGACUUUUGAAAAAAUGGUGAAUACACUCCUGGAGAGGUACCCCCGGCUGCACAGCAUGGCCAUCCGCUGCUACCUCCUCAUCCAGCAGUACUCCGAGGCCCUGAUGGCGCUCACCACGGUGGCCACCCUCCGAGACCACAGCACCCCAGAGACGCUCAGCAUUAUGGAUGACCUCAUCAGCUCUCCAGGGAAGAACAAGAGCGGGAAGGGGCCCAUGCUCCUCAUCCGGGUGCCCUCGGUGCAGCUGGCCAUGCUGGCCAAGGAGCAGCUGCAGGAGGUGCGCGACAAGCUGGGCCUACAGUACCGCUUCGAGAUCGUCCUUGGCAACCCGGCCUCCGAGCUCAGCAUCGCAGCUCACUUUGUGGCACGAUUAAAGGCUUGGAGAAGAAAUGAACAAGAAGAUUGGGUCCCGCGGACAUACCAGGAUUUGGAGGGCCUGCCUUGCAUUGUCAUAUUAACUGGCAAAGAUCCACUUGGAGAAUCCUUUCCCAGGUCCUUGAAGUACUGUGACCUCCGAUUAAUCGACUUGAGCUAUUUAACACGCACAGCCUUGGAGCAGGAGCUGGGGUUGGCCUGCUGCUAUGUCUCAAAAGAGGUCGUCCGGGGGCCUACGGUUGCCCUGGACCUUAGCGGGAACGACUCGGAUGAGCUGCUGAUCGACCUGGAGAGGCCCCAGAGCAGCAGCAGUGCGGUCACUGCAACCUCUGGCUCCAUCAUGGAGAACGGGGUGAGCUCAUCUAGCACUGCCGACAAGUCCCAGAAGCAGCCCGUGACCCCCAGCUUCCAGAGCCCAUCCACCAGCGGAGGGCUCGAUGAAGGGGUCUCCAUGGGCACCAUGGCAGCUGGAGAGAUGCUGAAACAGGAGUGUGACUCGCUGGGCCCCCACAUGGCCAGCAGCACCACCCCCAAGCCUUCCUCAUCCUCUUCUGGACCCCAAGCCUUCUCGUUGCCUGGGCAGCUGGUUCGGGGCAGCAGGGGCCAGCCCAUGUCCCUGCCUCCAGUCGUGAUACUAUCCAAAGCAGCCUACAACCUCCUGAGCCCGCAGAAGGGCGACAAGCUGCCGGCCGCGUCCACCCUGCUGCCCCACCCCGACGUGGCCUGGGUGAGCCCGCUGCGGCCACCGCUGCACAAGGACAUGAGCAGCGAGGAGCAGUCUCUCUACUACCGCCAGUGGACAGCGGCCCGACAGCACCACGCAGACGUCAGCAAUCAGCCCGAUGCCACCUCGGGUGCCUGCAGCUUCCACCCCCGGCGCCUGCUGCUCACAGGGCCCCCCCAGGUGGGAAAGACUGGCUCCUACUUGCAGUUCCUUAGGAUCCUCUUCCGCAUGCUCAUCAGACUCCUGGAGGUGGAUGUGUAUGACGAGGAGGAGAUCAACAGUGAUCAGGGUGAAAGCAGUGAAGUCAGCCAGUCAUCAGGAGAGCCCUGGCCUGACAUUGAAAGCUUCAGUAAGAUGCCCUUUGACGUCAGCGUGCACGAUCCCAAGUACAGUCAAAUGAGCCUGGUGUAUACCGAAAAGCUGGCAGGAGUCAAACAAGAAGUGACAAAGGAAUCCAAAAUUGAGGAGCCCAGGAAGCGAGAGAUAGUGUCAAUCAUGCUGACCAAAUACGCCGCCUACAACACCUUCCACCACUGUGAGCAGUGCCACCAGUACAUGGACUUCACGGCCGCCUCGCAGAUGUCUGACUCAACCCUCCACGCCUUCACAUUCUCCUCAUCUAUGCUGGGGGAGGAGGUGCAGCUCUACUUCAUCAUCCCCAAGUCCAAAGAGAGUCAUUUUGUCUUCAGCAAGCAGGGCAAGCACCUGGAGAGCAUGCGGCUGCCCCUGGUGUCCGACAAGAAUUUGAAUGCAGUCAAGAGCCCUAUUUUCACUCCUUCCAGCGGCCGCCAUGAGCACGGGCUCCUAAACCUCUUCCACGCCAUGGAGGGCACCAGCCACCUGCACCUCCUGGUGGUCAAAGAGUAUGAGAUGCCGCUGUACCGCAAGUACUGGCCCAACCACAUCAUGCUGGUGCUUCCUGGCAUGUUCAACAAUGCGGGCGUGGGAGCUGCCAGGUUCCUCAUCAAGGAGCUGUCCUAUCACAACCUAGAGCUGGAACGGAACCGCCUCGAGGAGCUGGGAGUAAAACGUCAGUGCGUCUGGCCUUUCAUCGUCGUGAUGGAUGACUCAUGUGUCCUGUGGAAUAUUCACAGCGUUCAGGAGCAGACAAGCCAGUCCGUGGAAGCAGGAGUUUGCUGUAAGAAUGUAUCCUUGAAGAGUGUCUUGCAGCACAUUGAAGCCACACCAAAAAUUGCCCACUAUGCAAUACUGGGCAUACAGAAGUGGAGCAGUAAGCUGAAUUCUCAGAGCCUCAAGACUUCCUUCUCUCGAUGCCACGUGCACGACUUCAUUCUCCUCAAUAUAGACCUCACCCAGAAUGUGCAGUAUGACUUCAACAGGUAUUUCUGUGAGGACGUUGACUUUAACUUGAGGACAAACAGUAGUGGCCUGCUCAUCUGCCGUUUCAAUAACUUCAGUCUCAUGAAGAAGCAUGUCCAAGUUGGAGGGCAAAGGGACUUUGUUAUAAAACCAAAGGUCAUGGUGUCGGAGAGCUUGGCGCCCAUCUCGCCCCUUCAGUACAUCUGCGCUCCAGACAGUGAGCACACACUGCUGGCGGCCCCCCCCCAGUUCCUUCUGGAGAAGUUCCUACAGCAGGCCUCCUACAAACUCUUCCCCAAAGCCGUCCGGAACUUCAGGAGCCCCGUGCUUGCCAUUGAUUGCUACCUGAACAUCGGACCUGAGGUGGCCAUCUGCUAUGUUAGCUCCAGGCCCCACUCCAGCAACGUCAGCUGUGACACUGUGUUUUUCAGUGGGCUGCUCUUGUACCUCUGCGACUCCUUCGUAGGUGCUGAUCUUCUUAAGAAAUUUAAGUUUCUAAAAGGUGCUACCCUGUGUGUCAUCUGCCAAGACAGAAGCUCCUUACGCCAAACAAUCGUCCGCCUGGAGCUGGAAGACGAGUGGCAUUUUCGCCUGAGAGACGAGUUUCAGACUGCGAACAGCAGUGAGGACAAGCCCCUCUACUUCCUGACUGGACGGCAUGUAUGA